AUGGAGGUCUGGAGCAUCAGAGCGGCGCAGCUCUUGCUCUUCUUCUUCCUCUUGUCUGAGAGGCAUGGGUCUUGUGCCGCCCUCGGUGAAGAAGGGCGAGCCAUGGGUUUCAGAGAAGAGCACCCAAGUGGAUGGUUAUGGAAUUUGGAAGAAAAGAAGGUUUUCAGCGCAGCGGCGACGCCCUUAGUCAAGGGAAAAAAACUGUCAAUUGAAAUUCCUAACGAGUUGCAAGAGCGUAUCAUGAUUUCAGAGGUUCUAACUGAUGGAAGGCAAGAAUCGUGCAGAAAAUGUUUAACAAAAACCAUAGAGAGUAACACCCUGAGGCAACUCCUACAGGCAAGGGAGCUUCAAGAAUCAGCACCUUCCUCUAAGGCUCCUGAUCAGUUUCAUGAAAGCCAGGCUCCCAUGUCUUUGCCACCAUCGUAUUCGCAAGCUGAAACCAACGAGUCUUCUUCUGUGCCUCACUGGGCUAUCUACGCAGUGUGCAUCAGUGGAGUGCUUGGCCUUGUGGUUAUAGCCUCUGUUGUGUAUCUACUUGUCUCCCGUAGAAAGAAGGAUAACACCGUCAAUCCAUGGGCUACCGGGCUGAGUGGACAGCUAAGGAAAGCCUUUGUGACAGGUGUUCCUUCUUUAGGAAGGGCCGAACUUGAGGCGGCGUGUGAGAAUUUCAGCAAUGUGAUUGGUACUGUAUCUGACAGUGCAUUGUACAAGGGAACCCUGUCAAGUGGAGUUGAAAUAGCUGUUGCCUCCAGUCCAGUUAAGUCUGCCAAAGAAUGGUCGGAUCGGUCCGAGGAGCAAUUUAGGAACAAGAUCUCUGAGUUAUCCAAGGUGAACCACAAGAACUUCAUGAACCUACUUGGUUACUGCACAUGCGACGCUCCGUUCACCAGGAUGAUGGUGUUUGAGUACGCUCCAUGCGGUUCCCUCUUCGAGCAUCUGCACGUGAGGGAAGCAGAGCACCUGGACUGGCCUACCCGGCUGCGCAUCAUCAUGGGAGUGACAUACUGCCUGGAGCACAUGAACCAGCUAGACCCUCCUGUCACCCCAAGAACCCUAAACUCCUCAUCCAUCUACCUCACCGAGGACUACGCGGCCAAGUUCUCCGACACCGAGUUCUGGAAGGACGACGACGCGGACGCGUCGGCGCCGACGCGAUCCGCAGGCCAGGACAGCAUCGUCUACAAGUUCGGGAUACUGCUGCUCGAGGUGAUCUCCGGCCGGCUGCCCUUCUCCGAGGACCACGGCCUGCUCGUCCUCUGGGCCUCCAGCUACCUGGACGGCAAGCGGCCGAUCGGCUCGAUGGCCGACCCGGUGCUCAGGGCGUCGUCGCCUGUGCCCGAAGAGGACCUGGCGGCGCUGUGUGAUGUCGUGAGGCUGUGCAUCAACCGCGAGGCGGCGAAGAGGCCGUCCAUGGGCGAAGUCGCGGGGCUGAUGAAAGGCGCCGUCAGACUGUCGCCGGAGCAGACGACCCCGAGGAAUAACCCGCUGUGGUGGGCUGAGCUCGAGAUCAUGUCCACGGCAUCCACCUGA